AUGGUGCUUAAUAAAUCAAAAUGGGACCACAAGGCUAAGAUCCAGUAUCUCAAAAAGCACGGACUAACGCGGCCGAAACAAAAAGCAGAGAUCACUCCGAAGUGGUCCUCAAAGAAAUCUAGCAAGAAGUCCACUAUAACAUUAGAUUCGGACUCUGAAUGGGAUUCGGAAGAUGAAGAUUUGAUCAAUCACUUCUUUCCUGAACUAUCCCCUCAAGAGCUACCCGAGGAUUACAAACGGAAGCUCAAACAGCAGAUUCACAAUGCAUUGGCUGCCAGAGAAGGUGCCGACACUGAGGAUGAAGGCAAAGGAGGCAAAGAUUCCCAGUAUGAGGAAAAUGAUGGCAUCUAUCUUGGAACAAGGCCCGUAGAUGUUGCCGAUGGAGACGAGUCAGAUCAAGGAAGCUUUGAGGAUGAAGACGAAUUCGAGUUCGAGAUCCCUGACUUAGAGGCAAAGUUGAGUGAUUUCCUAAUACUGAGCAAACCUCACAAAUCCAGAAAACUCUUGAAGAACAAAAUGCUGGACAACUUUUUGGAAGAGUAUGGAAUUGAGAGUCUUCAAAGCACUGUAAAGAACGUGGACUAUAAUGAUGUGCUGAAGCUGAAAGUGAAAGAUUUCGAGGAGCUCGAUCCGUCAAAACUCAAUGGUUUCAGGAUCGGCGACUCGCUUAAUAAGCCAAAAGCGAGUAGUGUGCGUAUCUUAAGUAAAGCUGAGCAACAAGAGCACAAGGAUAGGGAGGAAAAGAGAGAGCAUGCUAGGUUCUACAAUCAGAUCAAAUCUACGUUUGGACAACAACCGGAGAAAGCAAAUGCUAGAAUUCUUGAGAUCAACAAUUUGAAUGAAAAUGAUGAAGCACAAUUGGAACUGUUGAAUAUGAGAAUCAACAGAAACGGUCAAAUGGCGAGUGCCGGGAACGAAGAUGACUUGGAUGAUUUGCUCGGUCUCUCGAAGGACGAAUCCUCUAUACCACGGCAGACGGAUUUGGAUACGCUAAUGCUGCAAUCCAGAAGUGCUGGCAAGAGUUCAACACAGCCCACCAUCAAAAAAGUUCAACCGAAGAGUUUGGGCCUGGACGCCCUUCUUGACGACCUUUUGGGCAUCUAA